AUGGCGGGCAAGUACAAGGCCGUCGGCGACGACAAGUCGGCGCCGGCCUCGGACAAGUGGUACGACCAGCCUCUGUGCUUCACCAUCAGCUACAAGAACUGGCUGCUGCUCUUCAUCGCCGUUAUCAUCCUGUACAUCUGCCUCGCGUUCACCUACGUCGGUUUCCUCGAAGCCGCGACCGUCAUCCGCCAGCGCGAGUACCUCGCAAUGCCGGACCGGUUCUUCGGCGACUUCUACAAGCGCCACGUCCAGACGCACGUCGGCGCGACGGCGCGGAACAUCGAGUGGAAGGUGUACAACCUGCCGGAGGACUGCGAGGUGCUGUCGACCGACAACACGCAGACGCAGGUUGGCACGCUCGCGUGCACGGGCGGCAACUGGCGCCUCUUCCCCUGGCGGGUGCUGGUGGACCCCCUGAACCCCACGUCGCGAGACACGAACUGCGGCGUGCGCGACUACGCCCGGACGGUCAUCGACCAGUUCCCGGUGCCGGCGGCGGGGGCGCGCGGCACGGACACGUGCGACAACAACGGCAUUCGCGCGAUCACGGUGGAGCAGGACUCGGACUUCAUCAAGCUCGGCGAGCUCUAG